AUGAAAAAGAUUAGUAAUACAUAUGAAAGUGCUAAUCCUUUCUUCGAUACACUUACUAAGGAAGAAAUAAUGAGAGAGGUUACAAAAGCUUAUGGAUCACCUCCUAAAUCGCAAAAGCCAGAAAAGAUUGAUGAAAUUGCAAUUGUGAAUAGGAAGGUUAUAAGAAAAAUAAUUGUCCUAACUUAG